AUGCAAUCCAGGACACAGCCCCUAGCUCACGCCCUACCCUUCUCCCUUGGAGGGGCCCUGCGAGAUGCUGGGUUCCGGGUGCCUGUCAUUAAGAUGGGUACGGGUUGGGAGGGCCUGCAGAAGACCCUGAAAGAAGUUGCCUACAUCCUCCUCUGUUGCUGGUGUAUCAAGGAACUGUUGGACUAA